AUGGCGGGAGGUUCGGAGUGGGUGUUUAAUGAAAGCCGGGUUGUCAAGGUGUCAUCUACACCCAGGGUGUAUGUUUACAAGCAGCUUCUGUCGCCAGACGACUGUGCGUUUCUAGUGGCCAUGGCGAAGCCAAAGAUCGCUCGCCAGAGGAUGUUCAAUGCCACGUAUCUGCGCAAGUAUCAGAACCCACGCCUUCGAGCCAUAGAGGACCGGAUUGCAUCCUUCCUUUUUCUUCCCAGAGACCCGCAGGCUCGGACACAGGUUCGGUUCAACGAGGGUCAAGCAUAUGACGUGCAUCUGGAGUUUUACCGGGAUAACGUUGACACACAGAGGUCCGGCCACCGGGUGGCAACGCUUGUCCUUUUCCUCUCGGACGUCCAAAAAGGCGGCGAAGUGAACUUCCCCCAGGGCAAGUCGGAGCACUCACAUUGGCCCUGGGACUCGUCCCUAUCUCCAUGUGCCCGCCAAGGCGUGUCAGUCCCACCUGUCAAAGGAGAUGCUCUGCUCUUCUUCCCUUUCUGCCAUCACCCUUCUCAUAUCUCCCUCCCCCUGCCCCUGGAUCGCUUUCCUCAGUCCCACCAGUCAAAGGAGAUGCUCUGCUCUUCUGCCAUCACCCUUCUCAUAUCUCCCUCCCCCUGCCCCUGA